AUGGUUUCAUCACGCUUUCAUCCGGGCAAGCUGUUCAUCCGGACGCGCUUCAACUACGAGAAGCUGCCCAACGAGAGCCAGGCCUCGUCGCCGCUGCCACUCUUUAGCAGCAAGACAUGGGCCAACAAAGCUAGCCGACCUGCCUGGGCCAACCGCAUCCAGCGCCCGCGUCUGUCGUUUGCGCGGCUGGUCGCCCUCGCUGUCACGGUCAUUGUCUUGCUGUCCAUGCUGAGCACAGGAAUCUAUCGGCGUCACAGGUGGAACGCGCAACAACAGCCGGGCGAGGACAAGAAAAAAUACCACUGGGAACACUAUCCUCGCCUCAAUGGUUUCUUCAAUGGCGUCCGUACCCUUGUGCCCUAUGGCGAUUGGGUUUCGGAGCAAGACUACGUCAAGUACUCACAGAGUCCUAACCCCGAGGACAACAUCAAGCCCAAGUGGCCUCACAUGUCCAAGGACAACAAGGAGCCGCCGCUCGACCCUGUGCCCUUCAACCCCUACAAGUUCGAGUCGCCCGAGUACCUCAAAGACCACGAGAAGCCUGAGACGUGCUACCUCGACGAGGAGGAGAAGAUUGACCUGCCUGACAUCUACGCCUACCCUGGCAUCCCUCAAAACAUGACCGCACCCUUCUUUGGUUCGUAUGAGGAGCUUGGCAUGGAUGACAAGAAAUGCUUCGAACGCUUCGGCCGAUUCGGCCCGUAUGGCUAUUCUUACUCCCGCGACGAAGGCGGUCUGGACAUGGCUGGCAAGAGUGAGCAAGCCGGUGCCGACAAGAUCUGGAGCUGGGAGAAGAAGAUUGACUACCGGAAAGUGAACUGGGCCAGUGCCCAGAAGCGAUGCUACGAGAAGAAUCUGCACCGGUUCGCCAAGAACACCACGGCUUCCGGGGAGGAGUCUGGGUCCAAGAAAAAGGUCAAGCGACACGCUUACAUUCUGCGCACCUGGACUGGCUACAAGUACACCGACUACCAGAUUCUGACGCUUCGUGCCAUGAUCAACGAGCUAUCCCUAAAAUCUGGUGGCGAGUAUGAUGUCCACUUCCUGCUGCACGUCAAAGAUGACAGCCUGCCAAUUUGGUCGUCCGAGGAGAUCUACCAAAAGGUCAUCGAAGACAACCUUCCCAAGGAGUUCUGGGGCAUGGCUACCCUCUGGUCCGAGCAGCAGAUGCGCAUGUACUACCCCGAGCCUUUCCCCAACAACGUUUACAAUCACGCCAAGGCACCGGUCCACUCCGUCUACCGCAGCGCCCACUUUGCCCUGCAAUGGUUUGCCCAAGCUCGCCCCGAGUAUGACUUUUACUGGAACUGGGAAAUGGACCUUCGUCUCAGUGGCCACUACUACGAGUUCCACAACCAAAUUGGCGAGUGGGCGAAGAAGCAACCUCGCAAGGGUAUCUGGGAGCGAUCAUCCCGCUACUACAUUCCCGAGCAGCAUGGAUCGUGGAAAAAUUUCACCGAGAUGGUCGAGGAGGAGCUGUACAACAGCGAUGAGAAGCCUGUCUGGGGUCCUCCCAAGUUCGAAAACACCGGCAUGCUUCCCAGCCCACCCGAGGUGGAACCACCACGCUCGUAUCUCCAGGACAAUUACGAAUGGGGUGUCGGCGAAGAUGCCGACAUCAUCACCUUCAACCCAAUCUUCGAUCCGGCCAAAACCAACUGGGUCUUCCGCGACGAUGUCACUGGCUACGACCUGGAGCUUCCGGAGCCUCCAAGACGCUGCGCCAUCAUCACCGUGUCUCGUCUGUCGAAACGUCUAUUGGAUCUGAUGCAUCGCGAAACCUAUCUGAUGAAGCACCACAUGUUCCCUGAAAUGUGGCCUCCCUCUGUUGCAUUCCACCACGGACUCAAAGCCGUGUACGCUCCCCACCCCGUCUAUUUUGACCACAACUGGCCGCUCGAGAGUAUCGAAGGCACCUUCAAUAAGCCGCCCAAGCCCACCGACAGCGUUUUUGGCUGGGGUGAACACAACCAACUAGGCAAUAGCUUCUACUACAAUGCUGCCUUUUCGUCAGAGUGGUGGCGCAGGUGGCUUGGUUCCCGCGAGAACGAUAAAGGUGGACCAGUCGAAGAGGAGAAUGGCACGGGAAGGUUGUGCAUGCGAUCUACGCUGUUCCAUCCCGUGAAAUACGAGAAGGGGUCUGAGUGA